ACUGCACGGAUUUUUAUUACCUCGUGUAUAUAAUAAAGUAGUCACUUGAGAACAGCCGUCCACAGUGAUACGUAGAGGCCUUUAAAAAUUAACGUGCUAAAUAAAUCAAAUAAAUGUAUAUUUAAAAAAUAUUGCUUUACCCUCGAAAUCGCAUUUAAUAGCUAAGAACAUACUAGUCCAUUCAUAGAUGGUUUAUAUUGCAAUUCAUCGGUAAUGUCUAUAUUAAUAGGUGGAUUCGGUCAGCACUGGUGGCACAAUUCACAAUUCAGAUACGUACAUAUGUACAUAUAUUGGCGUGUGGUUGCGGUUGUGUGGCCUGGCUCACCUGUUUAGGCCUUCAGGAGUAAACUCACAUGUUCUGGAGCUGCGGUGAAAAGAGUUUAUGGUGACUGCUCUCUUCAACUUCAUUACUCCAUCGGUUGUUCUUUGUGACGGAGUGCCAUAGCGGGAAUCGGCGUCGGGUGGCUGUCAUUUGGCUUGUCUGCUGGCAGAAACACGCGCGACGGGAUUGGAUGCGGACCAGCUUUGGCCGCCACGAACGCAACCAAAACAAAAGAUAUCCGUACCGGUAGAAGGGCGAGUUCCAACACUAUUGCCCUGUGUUCUUUCUUAUCAGCUGCAGUAUCGAAGCCGCCACUUGCAGCGGCCAAAAAAGAACGUAUCCUCGGGCAUCAUGAGCACAGCCAAGUCAGCCGCCCACGAGCCGACGAUCCACUACCUGGACAGCGUGCUGAGUGAGGAAGAGAAGCGGUGUGCCUAUGGCCACCAGUGGCGCAACAUUUCCAUCUCCCGAUCCGGACGCUUUCGUUCGAAAAACAAGAAGCGGGAUGCGGUCGACGGAAAGUUCUUCGACGCAGGAUCAGGUUCUCUGCAGGACAUCGAGAAGGUCUCAAAUUGCACGUCGAAAAGCGCAUUGAUCAAGUGCGUCGUUCCUCCGACAGGAUCGAUGGCGCCUCCAGUUAACCAGGCAAGAAGCCAACGUGACCAAGCCGAGAGUUAUAAAAGUGUUUACGAAACGAAUUUAUAGAUCUUUACAAUGUAUUUCCUUUACUUAUCAUGCACAUGUAUAUAAAUUAGCACGCCUAUUUUUUAUCAGAUUGAGAGCACAAAGAGAAUAAAUCGCGGUAAGAUAGUGGACUUAUUGCACUACAGGUUUGCUAUGCAGAGCAUAUUAAGGCAUAUUUCUCAUGUGAGCGCUUUCUCUCUAUGCUUAGAUAAAUAGUACUUAAGUAAAAUUAAUAUAUUUCACAUUCUA